AAGAAACCCCCGCCAUUGUACGUACUUGUCUCCGAUCAGCCGCCGGUAAUUAAUAAAGAAAAGAUACGACUAGCUUAGCAUGUAUUCAAAAGAAGAUGAAGAAGAAGCUCUUUUCCGAAACUUCCCCCGACCCGCACCUUACUUUGGUCCCAGCCCUUCCCAUGCAAAUAACAAUAAUAAGGACAAAGCAGAAGAUGAAGAUUAUAAAAAUGAUGCAGACAUGGAUAAUUAUGGAUGGGGAAUUGGGUAUCCGGAUUCGGGUGCGGGGUGGAUUGCGAUCCAGAUUGGUUGGAGGGUGGUUGUGAGCAUGGCGGCGGCGUUGCUUGUCUUCUACAUCACUACCAAGCCGCCGCCACCUAAAGUCUCCGUCAAGAUGGUUGGAGUUGGGCAAUGGGAGUUGGGCGAGGGAGUGGACGGAAAUGGUGUAAACAGUAAAAUGCUAAACUGCAAUGCUUCCAUAAAUUUGAUCAUAGAAAACAAGUCCAACCUCUUCGCACUUCACAUUCAUCCUCCUCUCUUGCAAAUGUACUUCGGGACAUUUCCUUUUGCAACAUCUAAGCUUGUAAGUUUAAUUCCUUCGCUGUAAAACUAUAUACUACCUCCUUGCCAUAAAAUUCUUCUCACUUUGACUUGACACUGAGAUUAAGAAAGUGAAAAUGUAUGAUCGUGGUUGUGUAAGAAAAAAGUGAAAUGAACGUGAACCACACAAAUUGUUAAAAAAUUGUAAGUGGAAGAAUUUUUUGAGACGGCCCAAAAAGAAAAGUGCGAAGAAUAUCUUAUCGUAUCAAUUAUAUUGAUUGUUCAAAUUAGCAAUUUACUACCGGCCUAAAAUUCCUCAAACACAUGUAAAAUAUAUAUAAGUGAUGGAGAAUUUAUGUACGCAGGGUAGGGAAUUACUAGCGGAGAGCAAUGGUACAACCGUGUUCAAGUUAUGGGUGGGUACGAGGAACAAAGCAAUGUACGCCGCCGGGAGAGCCAUGGAAGACAUGCUGGACUCCGGCGAGGGGUUGCCGGUGGUGGUGCGGCUGCGGUUCCUUUCGUGGUUCCGUGUGAUGUGGGGCGUCGUCAGCGUUAAGUUUGACCACCACUCCGACUGCCUUCUCUUCCUAUCUAAAUCCUCCAACAACAAACGACUAACUCAUCUCUUCAAUACAACUUGCCCUCCCAUCUCCGUCUAAUGGUUGCAGAUUGCUGGAGUGAUUAGACCAACAACGUACAUCACGAAGUUAACUAACACAAAUCCACAUAUAAUAAUAUUGGAGACACAAUUAGAUCAUCUUCGCUUCAAACUGAACUCGAUCAGAAACUGAGAAAAGGCAAAAGUCUUAUUUUCAUUCACAGAGAAGAGUAUAUUUAUAUGGUGCCAAAACCAUUAGUAUGUUUACAUUGUUUAUGCUUUCUAUAAGUACAUUUAUAAAUAUAUAAUGCCCACUACGUAUGCAAUGUGUAAAAUUAUAAAUUACUAGAAUUGAAUGAAUAUACUACGUAAUUUUUAUUUCUGAAUUUGAAUUGUAUGUCAGUGGACAGUGGAUGUUGG